AUGUCAAAACCACCUUCAAAGUCUGUGUUUGUGGGAAAUAUUCCUUAUGGCCUUACCGAGGAACAGAUAGUAGAUAUCUUCAGUAGUGCAGGAAACGUUAUUAAUUUCCGACUUGUCUAUGAUCGCGAAACAGGCAGACCAAAAGGCUUCGGUUUCGCAGAAUAUCCCGAUUCAGAUUCUGCGGCUUCUGCAGUAAGGAAUUUGAAUGACUACGAAAUCAUGAACCGAAAACUGCGCGUUGACUUCUCGAAUGAUGGUGGUGAAGAGGAAAAUUCUGCACCAACCUAUCAACCUCCCCCUCUAAACACAAAUGGUCUUCCGGUUCCACCUCCAUCUCUCCCAAUUCCUCAACCCUCAACUACAUCAUCAUUACCGCCUCUGCCAAUAGGUGUUGAGCUUCCCCAAGGCCUCAACUGCCCGGACGCCAUUUCUCGCACCCUCAACACCCUUCCCCCAUCCCAACUUCUUGACGUCCUCUCCCAAAUGAAAACACUAGCCUCGACCGACCCCCAGAAGGCCACCGAGCUCCUGCACCAGGCCCCCCAACUCUCCUACGCCAUCUUCCAAGCCCUUCUCCUCAUGGGUCUCGUUCAACCUGAAGCGCUCUCCUCCGUUAUCGAGUCAUCUAUCGCAGCGCCAUCAUCAGCUCCUCCCGUCUCAAACAUUCCUCCACCAGUUGCGUCAACUCCGCAAUAUGGAGGAUCGGCAUACCCUCCUGGAUACCCACCUCCUCCUCCACAUAUGUCAGGUCAAAUGGGUAUGCCAAUAAUGGGUACGCCUCCAGUCCAAGGUUAUGCGCCACCUCCACAACAAAGACAAGCUCCACCGCCACCAGCUCAAAUCCCUGAGCCUGAUACAAAUGCCCUGAUGGCGCAAGUUAUGGCCAUGCCGCAGGAAUUAAUCGACAGUUUGCCACCUGCUGAUAGGGCACAGUUGAUGGCGUUGAGGGAGCAGUAUCGUGGAUAG